GACGCGGUGCGUGCGCGGGGAAUGCCGGGAGUAGUGGUGUACCGUUGGCAGUAGCAGGUGAAGCUGAGCAGAGUACGCGGCGAGUGGCGCCUGCGAAGCGAUUCCAGUGGUCGCCAGAUUCAUACUCUGCGCUGUGGAAGCUCCUACACCCUUUUUGUUUGAAGCUUAUAGAACGUUCUCUUUGUUGUACCUCGUGUUCUGAAAUGUCACAGUAAUGUGAGGAUUGGCCCAUGAGACUACGUUUUACGAGAUGCUUAAAUUGGAAAAUGAAUUGAACAUUAUAAAUUAGGAGGAUUUCAGUUUGUUAAAAUGAGCAGUCGUAAGUCAAAGAGUAACAACUUAAUACAUGCAGAGUACCUUUCACAGAAUCCUGACUUCUAUAUCAAGUGCAGAUGGAUAGGGCUUGGGCGAAGCCAGUUUAGAUUUGUUCCAUCUCUAGAGAUUGAGGUACAAAGACUUUUACGAGAAAGAUUUUGUCAUCAGAGCCCACAUAGUAACUUAUUUGGAGUACAAGUACAAUACAAACACUUAAUUGAGCUGCUAAAAAGAACUGCUAUCCAUGGAGAAAGUAAUUCUGUUCUCAUUAUUGGACCCCGAGGAUCAGGAAAGACCAUGUUAAUAAACCAUGCUUUGAAAGAACUAAUGGAAGUAGAAGAAGUGAGUGAAAAUGUAUUACAAGUUCACCUAAAUGGACUGCUGCAGAUCAAUGAUAAAAUUGCCCUAAAGGAAAUCACAAGGCAGUUAAAUCUGGAAAAUGUAGUUGGAGAUAAAGUUUUUGGAAGUUUUGCUGAAAGCCUUUCAUUUCUUCUGGAAGCUUUAAAAAGAGGUGACCGGUCUAGUAGUUGCCCAGUGAUCUUCAUAUUAGAUGAAUUUGAUCUUUUUGCUCAUCAUAAAAAUCAAACACUCCUCUAUAAUCUGUUUGACAUUUCACAGUCUGCACAGACUCCGCUAGCAGUUAUUGGUCUUACAUGUAGAUUGGACAUUUUAGAACUCUUAGAAAAAAGAGUGAAGUCACGAUUUUCUCACCGGCAGAUACAUUUAAUGAAUUCAUUUGGUUUUCCACAGUAUCUUAAAAUAUUUAAAGAACAAUUAUCUCUACCUGCAGAAUUUCCAGACAAGAUCUUCACUGAAAAGUGGAAUGAGAAUGUUCAGUGUCUCACAGAAGAUAGAAGUGUACGAGAAGUACUACAAAAGCAUUUCAAUGUCAGCAAAAACCUGCGGUCAUUACACAUGCUGUUGAUGCUCGCUUUAAAUCGCAUAACAACAUCACACCCGUUUGUGACUGCAGCAGAUCUGAUGGAGGCAAACCAGUUGUGUAGCAUGGACUCUAAAGCAAAUAUUGUACAUGGUCUGUCAGUCUUGGAAAUCUGCCUUAUAAUAGCAAUGAAACAUUUAAAUGACAUAUAUGAAGAGGAGCCCUUUAAUUUUCAAAUGGUCUAUAAUGAGUUUCAGAAGUUUGUUCAAAGGAAGGCCCAUUCUGUUUAUAAUUUUGAGAAACCUGUUGUCAUGAAGGCAUUUGAACACUUACAACAAUUAGAAUUAAUAAGACCCAUGGAAAGGACUUCGGUAAAUACACAGAGAGAGUACCAGCUGAUGAAACUACUUUUGGAUAAUACUCAAAUUAUGAAUGCUUUGCAGAAAUACCCCAACUGUCCUACAGAUGUUAGGCAGUGGGCAACAUCCUCACUAAGCUGGUUAUGAAUAUAACCAGUGGCUUCAGUUACAAAGUUUCAGGCAUCAUUCUAUAAGGAACUCAAAGCUAUUGUCCUUUAACAAGAUAUGUUAUUACAUUUUCUUAAUAUUUAUAAAUCUGUAUUUUUGUAUUUAUGGGAGACUGUUACACAUGUGGUGUCUUGGCUGUGUCUUACCUUUGAAUCGUGAGCAGUUACAUGAUUUAUAAUUCCAGUGAUUUAGAUUAUGUUGUAAGUAGCAGUUCAAAGAAAUAAAUGUGACUGUUUUAGGGAAUGAACCAUAUGCUUAUUUAACACUUGUCAAGUAUUUAUGCGGUAUAUUUGAAGAGUUUAUUUCAACCCAGCAGCCAAGUGUUUUUACAAAUCCUAAAGCAGUAAAGAAACAAUGGGAAGA